AUGUCUCCGCGUCUGCAGAGCUCGGUGAACGAACCAAGGGGGAAGAAGCAUCCUAGCCUAACAUAUGAUAAUGUCGCUUGGGAAGGUAUCCCCAAGGGCGUUACAUCCAAGGUUGGGGAUAAGCAUGUCCAUUCCAAUCAAAUUAGGGAAACGACCAAUGGUGGCCUGCGUUCUAAAGACCCGGCGGCGUGGCAGCCGUUUUGGCUGAAAAAGGAGACGCUGGGGGCCUUCACGUUUCUCUACCUCUUCUUUGCCGUGGUCUUGAUGGCCCUGCUGAUAGCUUCACAACGCAACGCCGGCCUUGUAGAAGGUCGCAAAGAGCUUGAAAUGUUAUGGAAAUUUGCCCCCACUGCUAUCUUCACCCUGGCCGCCACAUUCUGGGCUCGAGUCGAGCUGCAGACCUUGAGGUAUUACCCAUGGGCGGUCAUACAGAAUGAACCGCCCAUAAGACAUAAUGUGUACACACUCGACUACAACGCCAUGAUCCCCGUUAGGGUUAUGUAUAGCGCCUUACGGAGGCGGCAUCUCUUCGUCUUCUUCGUCGUUCUCACAUCCGUCAUCCUCCAGGUCCAGGUCGUCCUCGGACCGAGUAUCUUCUACCUGGACAGCCAGUUCCGCUCUAGCCCGACCGCAGUCCAGGCUUUGGAUUCAUUCGACGCCACUAACGCGCAGGAUCGGGGAGAUUUACCACUAUUCGGGCUACAGCAUGCGGUUGGUAUUCGUAAAUUUGGCAUGAGCCGCCCCUUUGGCGUGUUGGAGAAUGGAACGUACCAGACGUUUGGUUUGAAAGGUGGAAAAUCUCGAGGCACGGUCGAGGCACCGGUGACUGCGGUGGUUGACGGCAUAUUCAUGGAUAUCAAGUGCAUACCCUUGGUUGACUAUUCGGUUACAAAGCCUUGGGCAGUGACAGGGCAAUACAACGAGUCAUACACGACCCUCGACCUAGAAUUCGAAGGUUGCGAGCAAAGCGUUGAAUACGAAGUCGAAAUGUCCGAAAGAGCCGUUGAGAAGGGACAAGAAGCCUCUACCUGGGGCAUAAUGCCCCUGUAUACAGAGAAGGAAGACGAGGGCAAGACAAACUUCACAUCAGGAGUCCCAUUCUCUAAGACACUUGGUUCAUGGGCGGAUCAUCCCCGACCGAUAUGCUCCUCGCUGCCACAGCAAUUUCCCCCCUUCAUCUAUUUUGGGGCUUCCUGGAAACCAUCCGAGGCAAAUAAAACAAACUACGAAAUGGUGGCGCAUGCUGGUGUCAUUUGCUCGCCGACUGGGUGGAUAUCGAAGUUGCAGGUCACUGACGAUGGUGUUGACCCCAAGGUCGCGAUUGAGCCAGGCCAGGAGAACACCCCGAUGGCCCUCAACCCCUGGAAUAUCCUCUCCAACAUCGGCGGACAGAGGGCAGGGGGUGGCUCGGGCACUGUGAUUGGCCCCCUGGUUUUCUCAUACAUGUUGACGGAUUACCCAGAGUUUGACCAGGUGGGAACGAAUCCGGCCUUGUACAGCAACAGCAUGUUGACCGAUGCUGUCUACAACAUGACCAAGAUGAGUGGACCUGUGAUUCUGAGCUACCAGCUUCGUCACACAAAUGAGAGCGAGGUAACAGGGACGAGGCAGACGAGCGUCAACAAGCUUCAGGUGCGACUGAGUGUCUGCGUACCGGUUAUUAUCCUUUUCCUCAUUUCUUCGGUUAUUGCCUGCGUUGGGAUGGUAAGGUUCAGCUCCCUGUUUCGAAUCUGGUUCCGGAAUCCAACUACUAUUUUGGGGUCAGCCUUAUUCUUUGGCAGUAGGAGCAAGCUUAGUACAGCUGUCAAGGAGGACCUACUGGAGACCAGGGGCAUCCGCAAGGAUAUUUGGCAGCAUUCAAACCAUUCCCCGCCGUCCCUGCGAACCUGGGUUCGCUCCAUCUUCGUGCUUUACGCACUGGCACUUAUCGUGGCUCUGGCAGUAACGCUUUGGAUAUCGAAAACGCAGAAUGGCUUGGCUAAAGUGAGUCAGGGUGCUCCAGCAAUCUGGUGGACGUCCAUCCCGGCACUUGCAAUGACUUUGGUCACACUCUACACAACCUCUUCGGACUCAGAGAUCAGAAAACUUUCCUUACACUUCUGUGUCAAUACGAGACCCUGCAAGGCUAUGGAACUAGAUAUGUGCCUACUAGAUAUGCUUGGGCUGCGAGCCUUGUACCAUUCAUUCGGGCUGCGAUUGCCUGUUGUCACAUUGGUGCAGGGUCUUGCUAUCGUCUCCGGCUUCCUCGCGGCCUUGUCGUCGCUCCUGUUCACUACUAUUGAAAUCACGAAGUGGGAAGAUAUGAAAUUUGCGCCAACAGACACAUUUUCCAAUGAUGGGACCAAGGCAGAGCAAGGUCUUGGAUAUGAAGGAGCUAUGCAGAGUCUAAUCACCACGUACGACAGGUCCAACUUCACCUGGCCCAAGGGGACAUAUGGCAACCUCCUCUUCCCAACACUUGACACUGGAGCCCUUGAAGGCCUCGAUAGCUCUAGUGCCACUCUUGAAUUCGACACACCGGCUGUGACGCUUAGGCCUGUGUGUGAGAAUAUCUCAUCGGGCAACGACAUCACAAUUAAGCCCACUGAGGACGACAGAGACGAGCCGGUGUAUGUCACUAUCAACAACAAGCACACUUGCACAGGCGGUGGCUCAAUCUCUCUUAGCGUUUCGAUCGUCUCGUCAAACUACGUCGAAGGCAAGUAUUACUUCGCUGCUACGCAGGAGGGCAAGAGCUGCAAGGGCGACUCGGCCACCGUCGUCAAUGGCACCGUUACUCACAUCUGGGGAUCUGUGCCGUAUAACCAUAGCACUCCGAACUACUACGCUAUCGUUAAGUGCGCUUACACCUGGGCCGAGGUCUCCACCAAGGUCAAGAUGAGUUCCACCGACGGGGUUCUCCAGUUUGACCAGAACAAGCCGCCGAGCCCCGACCUCGCCACCCUCACACCGUGGAACAAGACGACGUUCGCCAUGCCUACACAGAUCGAUAAUAUGUGGCCUACGCUAGGCGGCACGGACACGAAACAGGGUGGCAACUACGGGGCGUUCGGCUUGCUCAUCGAGCCUUUUGGUAAGAUGAAGCUGCAAGACUUUGGUGAUUCGGCCAAGAAGAAUGACGUCCUCGACGAGCUCCACACCAAAAGGGCCAUAUAUGCCGCUCAGCUAGCAAAUAAUGGCAACAGAGUCCAAAUUAAUAAAUCUUCCUCUGCAGUUCCCGAGGCGGCUGCUGUUAAUGUCAGAGUAUCCCUUGGGGCGACCCGGCGUCUUGACCAGAGUGCGCCCAUCACCUAUGUGAUAAUUUCUAUCCUUUCUCUGGCGUUCCUGAUCAACCUGUGGGCGCUGAUAUCAGGUGUAUUGGGACGGUUCUUGGAUAAUAAGCGGAGGUGGCUGCUUGAUAUGUCGAUGAGGGGCCUGGCGCCGGAUCAGUUUGGGAGCAUCAUAAUGGCCGACUCUCUCCUCCUUGGCUCAAACUAUCAAAAGUUCAUACCAGAGGAUUCUUAUUUAGAGAAGCCGGAGGUCUUGCACCAGAAGCUAGCUCGCCUUCGUUUCCGUAUGGGAGGGUUCAUUAGAAGAGGCCAAGAGAAGGAAGUAACACUUGGAGUACUUGAUGAUGAUGAGUUGCAGUUCUUAGGCGGUUAA